CAGUCGCAUCGGUGCGUUUACGUUGAACAUAACGCGUUUAAACGGAUUUCCAUUACAUCCUCUGUUAUAUAGAUGGGUGUAGAGUUGCUUUCUAUAUAUCAACGAGCGUUUCGUAAAUUGUAUUGGUCAGCAUGCUGUGGAACGAUUUGUGCUAUAAACUUUACUUUUGGCCAUUUCUGAAUUAUCUGGCGGGCAUCAAAGGAAUUUGUCCAUUUUAUCCAGGUUUCUUCCCCUUUAUCACACUGCCACCAGUCAUUAUAUUGCCAACGCCAUCCACAGUGACUACAACCACAACGACAACCGCUUCCACAACCACAACCGUAACCACAACUACCACGACAGCCGCCACCACACUGUCCACAUUUUCACCAACACCACCAACGCCAUCAACGAUCACAACACUUAUGCCAUGUCCGGCUCAGCCGCUGGCGUGUUUAAAUGGCGGCACACCACCGAUAUCCUACUGCCCAUGCAUUGACCCAAGGCAAAGUGGUAUGGUCAAUGGUAUGAUGAAUGGUAUGAUGAAUGGAAUGGGCCCAACUCCGCCGAUGCCGUCUUUGGCGCUCCGAAGUGGCGCAGCCUUAUCGUCCGAUCGUCUAGUUUUCAUGCCAGUUAAUGCGCAACCGAAUGUUGCGCAGAGCUUGCAACAACAACCAAUUGGUAGUUCUAACGUUUUUAAUUUCCCUUUGGGCCCACGAAAUGGCGUACAGCCGAGCGCAGCGCCCAAUCCAUCGGAUACGUUGGUUUUCAGUUCGCUUAGUGGACGCCGGCGCAGAAAGCGACGAAAGUGAAAUGUGUAUUGCAAGAAAUCACUAAAUUUGUUAAUAAUUUUGUAUUUCAAUUAUGAAAAAAUUAUUAUUUAAUAGAAAUUGGAAUAUAGAUUGAUUUUUUAUACAAAUUUUUUUUAUAAAAUAUGCUAAUGGCCGAAGGAUAUGAAACUGCUCUGUCUAUUUAAUCCUGUUGUAAAGAAAUAUUUGGUAACUUAUUAGUUUUGAGGAAAAAUCAAAACA